AAAUAAAAUAAAUAAAUUAACACAUUGGGCUAUAUGGCCUCACGCAGUCAUAGAAAAGCCCAAACAGAAGGUUCGAAACAGAUCUGGAAACAUCGCUCCUUUUGCUUUUUGGAGACUUCUAGAAACAUCACCUUAUGACCCAAGGCUGAAGCCUGGAUGAUACUGGAACAGUCAUGAUCACCUUCUACAUAUAUAUAACCCACCAUCUUCUUCUUCCCUCCAACGUGAAAAAUCAAAAAAGAAGUCUGAUCAGCUAUCAAUAAAGUUAAUACUAUUCUCGCUCUUAAUCGAAGCUCGGAAGUGUUCAAUCAUAGUAAGCCAAAGGAGAUGUCGCUGAUUCCAAGCUUCUUCGGUGGCCGACGAAGCAGCGUCUUCGAUCCCUUCUCUCUCGACGUUUGGGACCCCUUCAAGGAUUUUCCUUCUCCUUCCUCGCUGAUUUCUGCAAAUUUCCCUGAGCUUUCUAGGGAAAACUCUGCCUUCGUCAGCACCAGAAUCGACUGGAAGGAGACCCCAGAAGCCCAUGUGUUCAAGGCCGAUGUUCCAGGUCUCAGGAAGGAAGAAGUGAAGGUAGAGGUUGAAGAUGAUCGGGUGCUGCAGAUCAGCGGAGAGAGGAACGUGGAGAAGGAGGACAAGAACGAUACUUGGCAUAGGGUUGAGCGAAGCAGCGGGAAGUUCUUGAGGAGGUUUAGGCUUCCAGAGAAUGCCAAAUUGGAUCAGAUUAGAGCUGCCAUGGAGAAUGGGAUUCUGACUAUCACGGUUCCUAAAGAGGAGGUCAAAAAGCCCGACGUCAAGUCCAUUGAAAUCUCUGGCUAAAACAUGUUUGCUUUGAUUAACUCAUAGUGGUCUUUAGCGUUUUGUAAUUGUUACAUUUGUUUUGGACUGUCUGUUUGUAUGUGUGUUUCUUGUUGUUCCUGUUGUAUAAAUGGUGUUUGUGGUAUUUAAGCCAAAAAUAAAUAAAUAAAUAAAAAUGGUGUUUGUGGUAA